AUGGCAAAAUCAAAAAACUCAACUAAUAAAAAUUAAAUUUCUAAGUCCCACAGAAACGGAAUUAAAAAACCUAAAAAUGAAAGAUAUAUUUCAUUAAAAGGCGUCAAUUCCAAAUUUUUAAGAAACAGAAAAAGAGCUAUUAAAAAUGAUCCUUCAAUAAAAAAAAACAAAUCACUCGAAAGAAGAGUUAAAGCCAAUGCUGGUAAAUGAAAACUGAAUUUUAAAAUAAAAUAAAUAAAAUUUGAUUUUUUUUUUUUUAUAAUAUCUGAAUUAA